CAAUAGCCAUUAGGCGUUAGCCAUUACGGCCCAUUAGCCAUACUGUGAUGAUUGUACGGCAAUCUCACUGUUGACUGUACCUAGUGUAAUUUACGCAGGUUCUGGUACAACUCACGAUCUCACUGUACAUAGCUAGUAGUUUUUUCACAGUUUAAGCCAGUCGAACCUUACAACCAAUUACGAGGAUUCUAAAAGCAGUAGAUAGCUAGAGCGAAAAUGUCCGGCGUUGAAAAACUAUCACAGAAAGACAUUGCGCAGCGUGGCUGGGAAUGGCAGAACUCUGUUCAGUCUGUGCGCAAUGUGGACGAUCUCUUUCGCUUCAACGAAGAUGAACACCAGCGAAUGAUGAAUGCUAAACCAUGGGAGAAGGACUCGAAUUUCUUCAAAACCGUUCGGAUUUCAGCUUUGGCUCUGUUGAAAAUGGUCAUGCACGCUCGGAGCGGCGGGAACCUGGAAGUGAUGGGUUUGAUGCUGGGUCGUGCUGAUGCGGGUACGAUGAUUGUUAUGGACGCUUUCGCUUUGCCCGUCGAAGGAACGGAAACCAGGGUGAAUGCUCAAGCACAGGCGUACGAAUAUAUGACGCAAUACAUGGAGACGCAGAAAGUGGUUGGACGUGUGGAGAACGUUAUUGGAUGGUACCACAGCCAUCCUGGAUAUGGUUGCUGGUUGUCGGGAAUUGAUGUUGAAACUCAGCGACUUAAUCAAACUUUUCAAGAACCUUGGUUGGCAGUUGUGAUUGAUCCGAUUCGCACGAUCGCCGCUGGACAAGUUGCUGGUGCGUUCCGCACAUAUCCUAAAGGCCACAUCCCUGCUGAAGAAAAAGACACUCUGUACCGCAAUAUCCCCUUGAAGAAAGUCGAAGAUUUUGGAAGCCACUACAAAGAAUACUAUCAAUUGAAUGUGUCGUAUUUCAAGACGUCCUCUGAUAAACGCCUAAUUAAUCAGCUGUGGAAGCAGUACUGGAUCGCGACGCUCAGUUCGUCUCCGUGGUUGAAAAAUCUCAGCUACAAUAUUGAACAGACUCAAGAUGUGGCGGAUAAGCUGCAGCGUGCCACCAACGACAUUCGUCGGGAAAGCCUGUUCAGUGGUCGUGGAUUAUUCGGAGGCGAUUGUAGUGAUGCAGAAACGGAUUUCCAUAAGGCGGUGAAGGACGGGCGCAAAGUGUCCUGUGAAGCUAUGCACGCCAUCAUGACGCAGAUUGUCAAGAAAAGUGUUUUCAACGAUUUCGAAACAACGGGAUCCGGCAAUCAGGAGGACACCGAUAUUGCCGAAAAUGUCCAGGAAAAUGGCGGUGUUGGUGGCGUCGAUGUAAAUCUUCCUGAGCAGCCGGCUGCGGGCCCGUCUGCUCCAGAAAAGGCCCCAUUGGCGACCGGGGAACAAAUGAAUGUCGACUGAGUUGAAUCGGUUAUGCACAACUUGCGUCAUGCUUUUUUCUGUUUUUUUAGUGUGUAACAAUUAUACGAAAUUUCGUUUCGGCCGUUAGUACUUUUUAGAACUGAAGUGAUCACUGAUGUUGAGCAAAUGUUCCAUAUUGAUAAUGAAUUAGAUGAUUCUGGAUAUUUUUAAAAGCUGACGGAAAUGGCAGCGGUAUCGGCUAAUGGUCGUAUGUUUAUGUUUUUGGAUCUACAAAAUGAAAAAUUAUCAACUUUUGCUUUGUAUGAAGUAUGUAAUUGUA